AUGGAGUGUCCCUCGGCUUUGUCCACUCCGCCUUCGGGGUCACGACGGGGCGGUUGUCCGGGAGUCCGGACGCAGUUAAACCGAGCGACUAGUAAUGAAGACAUAAAGAGGCCCAGGCUAUUGGUUGAAGCAAUAACCGGAGGAGCAGCAAGGCUUGCGUUGGGCCAUCUCGAAGCCGCUAUCGUAAACGUUCUCAAAGCAAAAAGCCCUCGGUAG